GACAUUUCACACAAGUGUAUUCGAUUGUCUAAUUGUCAAAUUUAUUUACAAAUUUUAUUCAUUGUGAAAGUUAGUCCAAAAUUAAUUAAAUUUUAGGAAAAAUAUAUAGACAAGAUGAGUUGUUUCGACAAUAUGUCUAUGCCGAGCUGCGUUUGGUUCGAGAGCGGUGAAAAGAGGAAUAUCCUUUCAUCUAUAUUCGCAGGUUUACUGUUCUUUACUGGCUGGUGGUUCAUCAUUGAUGCAGCAUCAGUAUAUCCGGGAGACUUGCCAAAUGCCGCUCAUGUGUGUGGGGUAAUGGCCACGCUGUCCCUAAUCAUGGUGAAUUCUGUAUCUAAUGCUCAGGUGCGUGGUGAGACAUACACAGGUGGUUGUAUGGGACCGCGUGGAGCUCGUCUCUGGCUUUUUCUCGGCUUUGUAGUGGGCUUUGCAUCUCUCAUUGCGGCCUGCUGGAUCCUUUUUGCUAAUUAUGUCAACGCAGGUAGUAACAAACACACCUGGCCAGGAGUUAGCCUCUUCAUGCAAAACGCGUUCAUAUUCGCCGGGUCAUUAGUGUUUAAAUUUGGUCGCACUGAAGAUGUUUGGGGUUAGAAUGUAUCGUGAAAUAAAUGUAUUUUUUUUAUUAUUUGCAUGCAACAAUCAAUCUCCUUUUCUCACUAAAUUUGGUUUGGAAAACAAAAGACAAGUAAUUUCAUACAAAAAUGUAUAAAUAUGAAUAAAGUGGAGUGGGUUGUUGAAAAGAAAACAAAUUAAAGAUAUGUCAACUUUUAUACUCAAAACGUUUUGAUAACUACAGUAUAGUAAAAAAAGUGAUUAUGAAAAUCUUCAGGAUAUUCUUUGGCAUUUUAAAAAUACAGCCGAUAAAUAUAAGUACUUGUCACUCUAACCAAAUCUGAGGCUUUUUAAAUAAGGAAUAAAAAUAUAAGAAAAAUAAAAAAUAACUUAGAAAACUUAAAUAAAUAAAUAAUCUGUAAUAAUUGUAAGUGUACUUACGUUUGGCGCCAUUUACCUCUUUUUUUUAACUAAAAUCAGAUAAAAUUUACUCUUAUAUUAUAAAAACAUCUCUAAAAAAAUAUUGAUUAUUUUCUUUACUUUCUAAGAUUACUAAGUUUUAGUUCGUGAUCAAUUAAAUUAUAAAUAUUACUCUUUAAUAGUUAGUGUAAAAUCCGAAAAAAAAUUAUCGAAUAUAUUUCAAUACAGAAAAAUAUUUAAACAAAGAUUACAUUGAAGUAUUGUAUAUGAAAAUAAAUCUAUUAUAAAACAGACUGAAUUAAAAUAAUGGGUCUAUAGUAUUCUGUUUAAAAAUAAUACAAAUAAUACUGUUAAUUAAGCAAUAUAUUUACAUUUUAAAAAUCAGAUACAUUGUUUUUUUAAUUAAAACAAUUGAAUAUUUAUAUUGAAAUGUUAGAAGUUCAAAGGACAUUCACCCAUGUUUUAGAAUAUUAAUUUUAUUUAAAUAAUAUUACGAAUAUACUAUGCACUUUCAACAGGCAACACAGCAUCCUAAGUCUCCUCCAAAACAUGUGUCAAUCUGACCUUUGAAAAUUUUAACUAAAUAAGUAACAAAAUUGAUAUAAUAAAUUAUUAUCGCUUUGGUAUCUUUAUUAUAAUUAAAUAUAAAUAAAAAAUUAUUGAUUUAAAAUUGAGUAUUGUUUGAUUUCUUCUAUGGCACAUAGUAAUCGUUAAGUACUAUUUUCAAAGUGAUAAAUAAGUUACUAGAAAUGAAUACAUUGUAUGAUGUAUUUAUGCUCACUUAAAAAUUUGAAACCUCUAAACAAUAGAGCUAUCUUUUAAGUUACUUUUAUAUAACAAUAUACAAAAUUAUGAAAA